AUGUUAGUAAAACAUAUACAACAACUAAAGAAAAUUUAGUUUUAUUUUUAGAAAACAAUUUAGAUUUAAAUAAUGAAAUUUUUAUUGAUGAUUUAGAAAAUUUUCCAGAUAAAAAACAUAAUAAAGAGAAUUUAUUAUUAGAAACUAAUAAAAUCCUAGAAAAUAUUAAUAAAGAAACUAGUCAUAUUUUAGAACAAGAUAAUUAUAAUGAUAAUAAUUGGGAUUCUAAUUGA